AUGCGGAUAUUUUUUCUGUGCUUAUUGUUGGUGGUCGGUGUCGAUGGCGGGAUUUUCAAGGAUCUGAUCGAUAAAAUAAAGGGUAGCAUUAAGACAAAGCUUCAGAAGGAUCUAAAUGUGACAUUAAAUCUGUACAAGAAACUCAAAGAGUAUGGGUCUAAAGUGAAAAAUAUGCUAAAAUUAACGCCGAAGAUGCUGAAAUCUCUUAAAGAAAAAUUAAAGAAGGUUCGAUUGAUCGUCAGGGAUAAAAUCGCCGGAGAUGAUGGUUCGAUCGAUGAAAUUAACGAGAAAAGCGGCAUUGGAGAGUAUCUAUAUCAAGGAGAUAUGAUUCUCUCCGAGAAACAAGCCGAAGAAAUUCUAGAGAAUAUUGAGGAGGAAACGAGUGGUGGAGCCCGUAAUCGAACAAAGCGUCAAGCGUUCAAGGAUUCUUCGUAUCUUCGAAAAUUGUGGUCUCAAGGAGUACCGUAUUUUUUUGAUUACGAAACAAGUAGCAGAUUGCAGACGGUUUUCGUUAAAGCAACAAAAAUAUGGGAAGAUAACACCUGCAUCAAUUUCUACCGUAGCGAUCGCGCAAACGAUCGGCUUCGUGUGGUCGCUGAGGAUGGAUGUUGGUCGUACGUUGGUAAGAACGGCGGUGAACAAUCACUUUCGCUUGGCAGAGGAUGCGAACAUGUCGGGGUUGCUGUGCAUGAGCUUGGACAUGCGCUUGGAUUCUUCCAUACGAUGUCCAGAUACGAUCGUGAUGCAUAUAUCACGGUUAUUGAAAGAAAUAUCAAGAGCGGAUGGCGUGAUCAAUUUACUAAGGAAUCACCACAAACAAACUAUAACUACGGGUUCGGAUACGAUUAUGGAAGCGUUAUGCAUUACGGUUCACAUUCUGCAGCUAUGAGUAGAAAUCUGAUAACGAUGAUGCCGAACGAUAAAAAUUAUCUGGAAACGCUGGGCUCCCAUAUUUUAUCCUUCAUCGACAUAUUUAUGAUGAACGAGCAUUAUGGAUGCAGAAAAAAGUGUAGACCCGAAUUCUCUGCUAAAUGUAAAAAUGGUGGUUUUCCACAUCCACGUAAUUGUUCUCGUUGUAUUUGUCCAAGCGGUUACGGGGGAGCACUUUGUAAUGAACGGCCGCAUGGUUGUGGUGCAGAACUACAAGCGGCGUCGAACUGGCAGAAAUUACAAGAUACUCUCGGUUUUGGAAGAGAGAUCAGAGAAGAUUUCAAAUUUUGCAACUAUUGGAUUAAGUCUCCGAAUCAUUCACAAAUUGAGGUGAAAAUUGUGAAUCCACCUAAAGGAGUGGCUGUGGAUGGUUGUUAUUUAGCCGGUGUAGAAAUAAAAACAAAUCGAGAUCAAACACAUACUGGCUAUAGAUUCUGUGCAAAGGAGGAUGCUGGGCUUACUCUCACAUCACAUUCCGAUCUUGUUCCUGUAGUGACAUACAAUAGAAUCGCUACAACAACAGUAGAACUGGAGUACCGGAUUGCUAAUAAGCUUAAUCCAACCCAAAACCACAGGACAACUGGUCGGCCUGGAAUAAAUCCGCGCAGCAACUGUGUAGAUAAUAAUAUAUGGCAACUAGAAAGCGUAGAACACUCCCGUCGUUGCUAUGUUGACAUGAUGGACGUUCCCAACGUCUAUACAGCAACUAGGAACAACAUUAGUGACGACUCUUCGCAAGAUGAACGCAGUCAAAUUUAUGGACUAGAAGAAGAUCAGGGAAUUCGCCAUAACGAAGAAGUUGUCGUUUCUCCUUACUCUGAAUCUGACGACGGACUUACUGUGGAUCCGCACAACGAGACAAGGAAUGGAAAGUCUACGACUAUGUUGAACGCAGAACGCCCAACCAGUGUACGCUCUGUUCGAUUUUCCGAAAAACAAGCAAAUAAUCGUCAAACCGGCCCUGCUGAAAAUCAGAGUGCGGAUCCUUCAAACGGGGCAUCGAGUGAAUACGAAGAAGCAUUAAAUCUGCCAGCAAGUAUUGCGUAUCCGCCGUCCUCACCUCCUGCGUACCAAAGUCCCCCGACAAUGCCGAAGUCAGAGGAGCAUAAACCCAGCUCUUCCGGUCGAAGUACAUUAAACGACCUGAUCAUGUCCAAAGUCACGCUACCAUUCCAACAAAUGAUGAAACGUUCUGGCCGACCUGAGGAGGACAGCGAUAGUGAUAGCCACGAAUAUUCCGAUUCCGAACAUAAUGCAGCACAUGACUUUAGUCAAGAAGAGGAGCAACUUUUUGCCUUCGUCGACGCUUAUCAACCGGAAGAGAUUCGUCCACGACCUUUGCUAAGGCUGUUUCUCAUGGACUACAUGCCAGCCAUUGGUGAUAUUGACGCGAUGAUAAAAAUUCCCCGACCAGACGAGGUUGAGGAUAACAUCGGUUUCACACAACUGGACGAACCAGCAAUUCAACAAAGUGAUCCGACAAUUUUAAAAAUGCAACUGCUUCGUGCAAACAAAGAUGUAGCCGCUCAUAGUGAUACUCCUGUGAAACGCCUAGAACGAGCGGAUAAAUCCACUCACGAAAUUGAUAAAUGGAUAGCUAACAUAAAGGAGUUGCACCGAUCGAGGCCGCCUCAAACCGUACUUUUUCGACAUCCAAUGCCAGAUAUUGAGACUCUCAUGCAAGAAUUUGAUCCAGCUUUCGAGAAAGCUAUUGAAGGAAAGCAGCUACCAACUGCGGAUUUGGAUGUUGAUCUGGAGGAAUACGCGGAUAUUUGCUUGAAUCUUCUCGACAUACCUGUCUACAAUGGACGAAUUCAAUCUCUUCACUGUUUAUUCUCAUUAUAUCAAGAGUUUAAAAACUCACAACAUUUCAAAAAUCUUGCUCAGAAUGCGGCUGAACACCGAGAAACGACUAUCGAUCGUAUGGAAUUGUGA